CUAGCAGUUUUAGUGUGAUGUGCGGCACACGAUGGGAAUAUAACCUUUACGUAUGUUAUUUUCUUUCUUUAUACCAUAAUCGGCUACAAGAAGCCUCGUUUGUUUUACAAUUUCAAAUAUCAAAUAAUUCUGCACGAUAUCCAUGAUCGAAAUAUAUGUCGUCAUCUUGCAAUAAUGCAGUUGUUUUUAUACGUGCUUAUGAUCGUAAAAUACAUAACCUCUACUAGUGUUUUUUUCCGAGUUGUAGCCAAGUAUAGGACGAAUAAUAAAACAUAUAUCAAUCAACAAAGUCAUGAUUUCGUUGAGAAUUUCUAAUUGUUUCUUACGUACGAGGUCUUCCGAAAUAUCAAAUAUAUGUCAAACAUCUGUCAGGCACCUCUCGAAGGCGAACAAAAUAAAAAAAUUAAUGACUGAAAUGAAAGAGGUAUUUGGUAAUUUGCUCGAAACAAAUAGCCAAAAGAAAAGGAGAUUAAAAUUAGAAAAACGAGGGAAGAUCCCUCGAGAGAAACAAAACAAUAUAGAUACAGAAUUUUCGUGGGUCAUGAAACAAUCGCUUAAUAAUCCUCAAAAGAAUAGUCUAAAAAAAAUGACACUUGUAUCUACGAAACAAUCAAGCGAACAUGAAGAUACAAGUCGAACAAAUUCGACAAACUCUCCGAAAAAUUUGAGCACGGCGACGUUAGAAGACGAAAAACUAUUUAAUAAAAAUACCAAAAAUACUCGUCAUUCAGAAUUUAGUCAACAUACGCAGAAAAUAACAGCUAACACUACGAGCCAAAGUAAACCCGUAGAGAAUAACAAUUCCCAUGGUAACACAUCAUUGCCCGACUCAAACGCGACUGAUAUUGAAAAUGUAGCUACAAAGUCCAGUGCACUUGAAAAACAUUUCGACAUUAUCAUAAAGAAUAUACAAUCUUUUUCAAUUUUGGGCAACAAACGAGAAUCUUCGGCAGAAUUAACGGAAGCGUUAUCAGCAUCCGCAAAGAAGGACGAGAGUAUGAUCAAAGUUCCCAGUGUGAGUGCGAUUCUAACGCAUACCAUGUCACCGGAGUCGAAGCUGAUUUUGGAGGCGUGGAAGAAAAAAAUGAUAAAAAAACUUGGGCAAGAAGGCUUCGACAAGUAUCAGAAAGCGCUGUUGAACGACGGAACAUCUCUACACACGUGCAUAGCGCACAGCUUGCUGGGGGAAGAAUACGAGAUUCCCCCUAGGAUCGAGCCGGUUUUCAAGAGCGUGCAGAGCGUCCUGAAAAACGUAUGCCACGUGAAAGGGAUCGAGGCACAUGUGACUCACACGAAAUUACGCUACAAGGGCAUAGUAGACUGUAUAGCUUCCUACAGGGGCGAGAACUACGUAAUCGAUUGGAAGAAGUCGGACAAGAAGAAAUUGGAUUUGAAAGGAACGUAUGACGCGCCUGUACAAGUCGCCGCAUAUAUCGGAGCAAUCAAUGCUUCCAAUUUAUAUCCAUUCGUGAUAAAACGCGGAUUAAUCGUGGUUGCUUACACGUGCGGCGACCCAGCAACGGUGCACGAGAUGUGUGACGACACGCUGCAGGAAUACUGGACGAUGUGGUUACGGCGUUUGCAGCAGUACCACGUCGAAAUGGCGAAAAACGACAAUAUGAGCAAUAAAACGCUAAUGUAACGGUG